AUGAUGCAGUUGUCAAUGACUCACUAUAAAGAUGGAUUUACCACCUUAGAAGAGGGCCGUUCAUCGGAGCGGAGUAAACCGGAGAUCAUAGAGACAAAAGCGACGCAUUUUUUCAAUAUAAAACGAUUAGCCAAUCUCAUUGUUCAUACUGACUUGCUAGACACUAGUGCAACGUAUGAGAAAUUUUUUAUUGGCAUCAAUGGAGAAAUAUCGAUAGUUGAUGAAACAACUUCAACGACUCCUUACCCGCGACCUAACACCUUGAAAUUUGUCACUCCUUCUGGUGGACGACCACUCGAGCUUCUAAUAUCAGAGUACACGCUAAAUACGCUUCUACUCAAAGCCCAUAACAUUGACGCAGUCGUCUUCCGGAUUGGAUCAAGCUCACCAUCUUUCGGCAAGCUACUGCGAACGACCUGUUCAGUAGACGAGGUUUGUCUUUCAGACAUUGUUUCCGAGCCAGGUGAAAAAUAUCCAAAUUCCCAGUUGGAGAUCAUACUACGCUCUACGCAACCACCCACCGUCCAGCUUUCGAGAGGAAUUGCAACGCUUCGACUUGAAGGAAGAGCAUUGUUUUACAUAGAAGGAACGACAAAAAAGAUAGGCGUAAUUCCAUUCGAAACGACAGCAAUAUUUAAAGUUACAACAGCUAACGGCAGAGUUGUCGGAAAUUUCAUUAUACCAUCGUUAGUUUUUAAAAAGGAACUGGAUUUCUUCGGUCUUAGUAGCGAGUCCCUUGACGGUCUUCGGACCGCUACAAAAGGCGCAUUAACUAAGUUAAUAAAUUCAAAACUGUCAGACGGCAUCAACUUAAAAACUCAACCAAACUCACGCAUCAUCAACCCAGCACUAUUUAUAAUGAAUGAUGCCGUGCUAAUACAAGCUGAUGUCAAUGUUGAAAACGAGUUCUACAAAUUCUCUGAAACUAAUUUUGUGCGAUAUUCAGCAGCUGCUAAAGCGUAA